AUGUGGCUGUCCCUGGCGGUCGUUGCGGGCCUGUACUACCUCCUGCGCUGGUACCGGGAGAGGCAGGUGGUGAGCCACCUGCGGGACAAGUUCGUCUUCAUCACGGGCUGUGACUCGGGCUUCGGGAACCUGCUGGCCAGGCAGCUGGACCUGCGAGGCUUGAGGGUGCUGGCUGCGUGUCUGACGGAGCAGGGCGCCGAGCAGCUGAGGAACCAGACGUCCGACAGGCUGGAGACGGUGAUCCUGGACGUCACCAAGACGGAGAGCAUCGCUGCGGCCGCCGAGUGGGUGAAGGAGCGUGUGGGGGACAGAGGACUCUGGGGUCUGGUGAAUAACGCCGGCAUUUGCACACCCAUGGCUCCCAAUGAGUGGCUGCACAUAGAGGACUUCGAGAGGAUGCUAGACGUGAACCUGUUGGGGGUGAUCAAGGUGACCCUGAGUCUGCUGCCCCUGGUGCGGAAGGCGAGGGGCCGUCUGGUCAACGUCUCCAGCGUCAUGGGCCGCGUGGCCCUCUUCGGUGGAGGCUACUGCAUGUCCAAGUAUGGCGUGGAGGCCUUCUCGGACUCCCUCAGGAGGGAGCUCUCUUUCUUUGGGGUGAAAGUGGCUAUGGUUGAGCCCGGUUACUUCAUGACCAACAUGACAAAACCUGAGGUGUUUAAUGGAAGCCUCCAGGCAUCAUGGGAUCAGGCCAGGCCAGAGAUCAAGGAACUCUAUGGGGACAAGUUCGUGGCUAACUUCGUGAAGACAUCUACUUUAAUGAAGCCACCAUGGUCCGAGAAUCUGUCCUUGGUGACCGACUGCAUGGAGCACGCCCUGACCGCCUGCCACCCCCGCACCCGAUACUCAGCUGGCUGGGACGCCAAGCUCCUCUACCUCCCCAUGAGCUACAUGCCCACCUUCCUGGUGGACCUCAUGAUGUACUGGGGUGCCCCACGACCUGCUAAGUCCGUGUAACCCAAGACUGGGGUGCGUGGUUUGCUGAGCUGGGUACUGUGUGGGGAGACGAUGCAUCGGGGGAGGGAAAUAGAGUGGAGAGAGGGGACUCUCACGUCACCGGGGACACCCAUCCCACCUCAGUGCUCAUCUCCCUCCCAGGCUUCUCUUGGGAUAUGACUGAGGACUCUGGGGACAUUAGGAAGACAGAAAGACGUCUUUGUGGCUGAGGAACAGGGUCAAGGGCUCCCGUCCGUGUCCUGGUCCUUGAGCGGCCUGGCAGGUCCUCAUGACCCAUGUGCAGCUGUGAACAAUCCACACUUAGGGGACAAUGUGAGACACUGGGAGGUUUCCUCCCCCCCGUCCUGCCUCUGUCCACCUGUUCGGGUGUCUCCUUCCCAUGUCCAGUCUCCCUCUCCCUCAGGAUAGACAUCGGCAGGGGAGAUAAAGGCCCCUCUUGCCUAAAGGUGUAUGUUGACAGUGAGGGCGACCGCCAGCCUGACCCACCCACCUAGGUGCCCACUCAGUAGACCUUGGCUGGAAUGGGGUCUGGACAGAGGAUAGAGAAACCAGGUUUAGAUAUAUCUUGGAAGAGAGAAUUUCCACUGAUUUUUUUUUCCUUAAAAUUAUACUUGGAGGCUUCCUAGGUGGCGCAGUGGGUAAGAACCCGCCUGCCAAUGCAGGGGACACGGGUUCGAGCCCUGCCCCAGGAGGAAACCACAUGCUGCAGAGCAGCUAAGCCCGUGCGCCACAACUAUUGAGCCUGCGCUUUAGAG